UUCUCAAUGCUGCUCAGGCACGGAUAUAUGUUACAUGGGAUCUACGCCAAGAAAGUCCCAAAUGUUUCCCUUUCAUUCACACUCGUUCAAGCAACGCAGACAUUUCCAUGAUACGUAAGCCUCGAACACUAAACUUACGAUAAACGUACAAUUUCUCCAAGUUCUGCGUUUCUUUUACUUAUGCACUGCACUGUACAGUCUUCCGAGAACAACAGAUAUCCUCUUUUUCUACGAGAUCCAUCAUCACAGGUCUCAAAAUUGGAGCCUACCCUGAUCCAAUCCAUUUCACAUCUUCAUUUUUGAAACACCCUAUAACGAACGUUACUGCAUUUUGUCUUGGUUCUUCACCGAGUAAAUUAAUUUGGCUCAAAACUAGUGGCGCGCUCUUGUGAACACGGCAAUGAACAUCCGGGUUCCAUAAGAGACGGGGAAUAUCUUGACUAUCUGAGCAAUUUUUUUAAAAAUGAAAGUGGUUUCAUGUUCUGGGAUACCGCGACGUCUUACAGAAACUGACGAAACGUCCUGAUGAUGGAGGCAUUAAGCACCUAUGAAACGUCGGCCAAUUUCUACCAGACUACACGGCACAAAAUCCCAGAAGACAGCCAUGUUUACAUUCGCCUCCGUGAGAAACCUAACCUCACAAAAGUAACUUUGUUUAUUAAUUUAAAAAAAACUGCCCCCCACUCCGAGUGAUGUACGAGCUGACAGGGUCGUGUACCACAGGUUGCACACUGCGGUAAGUGCCAGGAAGGUGGAAGACGUAUAAAACGAUGAGAAAGUGAGGCACUCGGCUUCAGUCAGAUUCCUGUCCGCCUGCGUGCAUAGUGGAGUCUGUGUGGUUCGCGAGAUGCUCACAAGAAGGACGGUGGCGCUGGCGUCACUACUGGUCAUUGCCCACCUCAUGCACAACGAUGCGAAGAAAACAGAAGACGUAAGGAGUUCGCCUUCGCCUUCGUCUUUACAGUUUCUCGGAAACCCAGGAACUAGCUACGCGGAACAAUCUUUAUCUCGUGUAAGUCAGGCAGCAGAUGAAGAUGGCUACAGGAGUCACCCUGACGCGACGGUGGCCAUCACAGGGCUACCAUUUCAACGACAGAAACAGCAGCGCGAAGAACAGGGAGACGAUUUUAGCAGACAGGAUCCUUCGGUGUCUGCCCGCUCAGAAGAUGAGCUACAGGCAGACAGCGGUACAGGCGUCGGCUCCGUGGCUCGUAAACGGAGGGAAACCGGCGACUCGUCCGAGGCGACGGGAUCCGAACCCGAGGCAGAUUACAGAGAUGACGGGGACACGUACCUCGAACCAGACGACAAGCUCAACGGCGGCUCAGAAGAGAACGCGGAAGCAGUUCCUACGCAAGACAGGAAGGAAGCUGAUGUCGUCAGCCUGGGUCAGCACUUCUUCCCGUCAUUUGCGCCAAUCUUUCCUGCGCCUCCACCUCUUGGUCACUCGCGCCCCUCGAUCUUCCAGGAACCGGCCCACAGCCAGCGACCGGCGCUGUUGAGGGCUCAACAUAACACUUUCCAGCCGAUCGCUUUUGGCGGAGGGUCAUUCAGGGACAACCAAUAUAUUCACGCGGCUUCUGCAGAAACCACGAGCAACAGUCUCUUGGGUUCCGGAAACUUCGGAGUAAUCCGAGGUGGAACCUUCUACAACGACGAUGACCAGCGGGAAGUCCCCGAGUACGAAGGGAGGGGGAAUCACCAGUUUUUCAGUCCGUACUACCACAGCAACAACGGCCACGGUCGACCGGCCUUCUACGGCGGAGGAGGCGCUACCAAUCCAAGACCACAGCAGCAUCGUGGAAAUGAUUUCUUUGCAAACUUCCGGGACUUUGCCGACAUCAACGCUCCCACAAAGUCUUCAUUCUCAGAGUACGUCGUCGUGUACGUCAAUAAGAACGCUAGCAGGCAUGACGAUGGCAGCGACAAGCAGGCAUCAGCACCUGGGGAUUCAAAACCCAAGAACAUCAUCGAGCAACUUACAAUGUUGGAUAAAGAAGACCAAGAAACGCUCGCAAUUCCUGAAGACGAGGAACGUGUAACACCGCCCUCUGACACACAGCAGGCAAAACCAGACAAAAAGUCUUCAAGCACGCUUUCAACCGCUAAAUUAAAACUUGCCUUAUUUCAAGACAAAUUCAAUAAGCAAAAGAUUAAAAACAUAAAAGCUACUUCGCCAUCGUCAUCCCCA